GAGGCAAAGGAAAGCAUGCUGAAAUUGCUAUUCUCAUUUGAAGAGGAGGUGACACAUAUCUGGAAGGUUCUUAUCUUGGCUAAGCAAAAGGCCAAAUUGUUUAAUCAGUCUUAGUACUUUACACAUAUCAUAGCCAAAAGGAACAAGCAUGCUAUAAAAAUGGAUUUAUGCGUGAUGAUAAAGGGUGUCUCAUUUUUUAUCCAAACCAGUAUUGGUGUCUUUGGUAACUCUGUUAUAUUGAUAUCUUAUGCAAACAUGCUCUGCCGUGGUCCAAAACUGAUGCCAGUUGAUAUAGUACUCUCUCACUUAGCAUUUGUAAAUUUGAUGGUUUUAUUGACAAGAGGCAUUCCUCAAACAAUGUCUGUUUUUGAGAUGGAACACGUACUCAAUGAUACCGGCUGUAAAAUCGUGGUCUAUUCUUACAGGAUAGUGCGUGCCUUGUCUGUUUCCGUAACUUGUUUGCUCAGCGUCUUGCAGGCUGUCAUCAUUGCACCUGUUAAAGGAUGGUCCAAGAUCAAAGAAAUCAAGUACUUAAGUCUCUCACUAAUUGCUCUAUGGGUGAUCAACAUGGCUGUGUGCAUAGCAGCUCCGUUUUUUUCUAAAGUUCCAGUUACAGGCAAGAUCUCAAAAUUUACGCUGAAUCUAGGAUUCUGUCAUGUUCUUUUUCCUGACCAGGUGAGCUACAUCAUCAAUGGCUUUGCUGUAUCCUUUAGGGACUUUGCCUUUGUUGGGGUUAUGAUAUUUUCCAGUGCUUACAUCCUAAGGAUUCUCUACAGACAUCGUAGACAGGUGCAGAACAUAAGGCGGUCAAGUGCUCAGAACACCACCGCUGAAACGAAGGCUGCUAAAGAUGUUCUUAGGCUUGUCAUGCUGUAUGUCAUCUUUUUUGGGCUGGAUAACAUUAUCUGGAUUAAUAUGUUGACAGUGACAGACGUACCUUCCAUUGUUACAGACAUGAGAGUUUUCUUUUCUUCUUGCUAUGCAUCCUUCAGCCCAAUAUUCAUUGUAAUAUCUAACAAAAAGAUACAAAACGCAUUAAAAUGUUCAUUCAGACAGAGGAAGAAGUCCCAGCCAGAAGUUUAUGUGUGUCAUAUAUAA